CCACCGUAAUGUUUGUGGGAAACUGCUCAGAUUAGCUUGCAAUCUCUUGUGCUGACCAUGGUGCCGACUUAGGUUUUAGUUUCCAGCCUGGAGCCACCGCCCGGAGGAUAUUUGUGCCACUUUAUGUGUUCUUGUGUGCCUUUCGGCAGUUUUAUUUACUAUUCAGACACCGGUUAAGUAAGGAAAAUAAAGGUCUACGUUGCUAGAGAGCUGUACAUUUUAUUACUAGAGAACCAGCUCAGCUGUGCUAAUUAGCUAGCCGUACUUUGUUUCCUCGGCGUGUCUCCUCAGGAUGUCUUACAGGAGAACUUUGAAACUUAUAUGCGGGUUGGCGGGAGGCUCUGCUGCUGUUGUGUUCGCGGCUGCCGCUGCUGACUCCCGGGGAUAUUUCGGUGAGCGGCAGGGAGAGGCGGGCAGUCGGUGGUCGAGGUUCACUGUCCUUCGAGCUGCGCAGCCGGCGUGGACACCUGCCAGCCACACGCCAGCCCCGACCGGACACUCCUGGGACUUCAACUGGGACAAGAGAGACCCAUCUGCACUGUCCAACGGGAAGAAGAAAGAAAACCCAGCCGAAGACCCCACCUCUGAGCAGGACAAUGGCAAACCCAAAGCUACACGAAACAUCCUCCUCAUCAGACACUCUCAGUACAACUUGAGCGGGAACAGCGACAAGGAGAGGAUCCUCACCCCAUUAGGUCGUGAGCAGGCUGAGUUGACGGGUAAGCGGUUGGCAGAGUUGGGACUGAAGUAUGAUGUCCUGAUUCACUCGAGCAUGGCCCGGGCCACAGAGACAGCGAACAUCAUCAGCAAACACCUCCCAGGUCCAGGAGUGGAGCUGCUGAGCUGUGAUUUGCUGAGAGAGGGCGCACCGAUCGAGCCAGUUCCACCUGUCACUCACUGGAAACCUGAUGCUGUGUACCACGAAGAUGGAGCUCGCAUAGAGGCAGCCUUCCGCCGCUACAUCCACCGCGCUGACCCCAAGCAGAAGGAGGACAGCUACGAGAUCAUCGUGUGUCAUGCCAAUGUCAUCCGCUAUUUUGUUUGCAGGGCUCUGCAGUUCCCUCCUGAGGGCUGGUUACGUAUGGGCUUAAACAACGGCAGCAUCACGUGGCUCACCAUCCGCCCUAGCGGCAGGGUGGCCCUCAGAACUCUGGGAGACACAGGGUUCAUGCCCCCAGAUAAACUGACACGAACCUGACAGCCAUAAACAUUUUGGGGACUCAGUCAGUCGGUUGCAGGGUCAAAUCGCAGUCUUUUCCUUAAGUGUCUUGAAAAUUACUGUUAAUGUUAAUGUUUUGUAAUUGAAACUACCAUCGUGUAUUGAAAGACUCUGUGGUUGUAAUUACUUCCGUGCCAUAGAACGCCAGCAGAAGUGAUUAACGGCUGCAUCGCAACUCCUUCUGAAUGUAACUGAGGAUUUUUACAUGACUGAUUUUUAAACCAAAAAUUGUAUUUGUAUAGCUGUUGUAUAUGCAAAUCAUGCUGUCAACUUGUCAUGUCGCUACAGUGAGGAUUAUGUGUUGUUUGGUGCAGCUGUAGUCAAUAAACCUCAAAUCCCUUG